UAUCACCUCUAUAACUUGUUAUGCAGACCGAUCUCUCCAGAAUCGCUCUCCGUCCGUUCAGGCUAUCUGACGCCGACGAUGUCUUGUCAUUCGGAGGUGAUGAUCAGGUGACUCGAGUCCUCCGCGGAUUCAAGACGUUGACAACCGAAGACGAGGCUUUGAAUUUCAUCAAGAACGUUUGCAUUCCCCAUCCAUGGCGGCGGUCGAUAUGCAUCGAUGACCGUUCGAUUGGUUUCGUGACUAUGUUUCCGGGAUCAGGUGAUGAUCGGCAUAAGGCAGAUAUGGGGUAUGCUUUAGCUGCAAGGUAUUGGGGCCAAGGGAUAACAGCAAAGGCAGUUAGGAUUGCACUCUCUCAAGUUUUCAAGGACUACCCUGAUUUGGUUAGGUUGCAGUCUUUUGUAGCUGUAGAGAAUAAGGUCUCUCAGAGAGUUUUGGAGAAAGUAGGGUUUCAGCGGGAGGGUGUGCUGAGAAAGUAUCUCUAUCUUAAGGGAGAUAUAAAGGACAUGGUUGUUUAUAGUUUUUUGUCAAGUGAUUUGACUAAUGAUCUCUCAAGUAAUGAAUUAAUUACCCACCCAUCGAGUAGGGACGAAAGUCGACCUUAGUGAUCCAACGGUGCCGAGUGGAAGGGGAGUUGCUGAAUGGAUAAAAGUACACUAGGGAUAACAAGUUGAUGUUCCCCAAGAGUUCAUGGACUUCUUUACUAACCAAAUAAUUUGCAAUUUUCUUACGUAACAUGAUGUUAUUGGCGUCUCUAAAUUCGUUUUAAACUUGCAGUAUAUUUCCAAAUUUUUCUUAUUUUGUUAUUCUUAUUUGAUCGUCUUAAUGUUUUGUUUAUACAGUAAAUUGUAAUGAAAUUGAGCGAGGUUGAAGAAGUUUGAUUAGGAAAUGCAUGA